AUGACGUCUAUAAGUACAGUGGCAAAUAAGGUGCCUAUCAGCACAAGCAACAGCAGCAACCAAAGUAGCGCUGGCAGCAACUCCAACACAACAGCAGCAACGGCAGCAACAUCUUUGCCAUCAACCUUAUUGGCAGCGCGCUCAAGCACCCCACCCCUGCCGCCAUUGCCGACAUCCUUUGUAGCCAUUAAGUGCGGCAGUCGCAACAACGAACCCACCACCAACACCAACAUCAACAACCACACUGGUCAUCAUAAAUUUAAUCACACAGACAGACCCGCACCUUUGCCACACCCACUCACACUUGAACCGCCCACGUCAUUGGGCUACAUUGCACACCACGGCCACCACACCACUAUUCUGCCGUCAUCCGCAUCACCAUCGGCUGCAUCUGCAUUAUCAUCGGCCAUGUGCACGUCCUCACUGUCGACAUUCCAGCCAGCGCCGCCACCGCCGCCGCAUCACUUCAACUCCUUGGACUACCGCGAACGCAAUCAAACGCACUACAAGCAUGGACAUGGCUAUCAGCAGCAGCGCGAGCAAUCACAGCAGCGCACCAACACACUGGAUCGACGCAGCGCUGGUGCUGCCCCUUCAGCCUCGGGUUGUAUUGGCGACUACAAUCAAAUCAGUCCGCACUACUUGCAAACCUUCGACAGUCUCGAUCCUUACGGUGUGGCCAAUCUGCAUUUAUAUCGCAGCCAAUCUAAGUCGCAGAUUUAUGGACGUGGCAGCGCUAGCGGUAGUGGCAGCGGCAGCAAUGAUGGCUCCACGCACGAUGCCGUACUAUAUCACAGCAAUAGCACAUUGAAUCACUAUCAACAGCAGCAGCAGCACCAGCUGCAAACUAGCGAACAGCAACAUUAUCAAUCCGGUGGUCAGCACCGCUCACUGAAUCAGCCACAGCAUCAUCAUCACAGUUUGAAGCAUAGUAAAGGUGGCGGCAAUAAGACGCACAAGAACAAGGCGAGUGCACAUCAACAACAACAACAGCAAUUGACACAACAACAAAAACCUGCAAAAUCACGUAGCAGUCGCUCAUUGCAGCAGCAUCAACAGCAACCACCAGCAGCCGAGAAGGCUGGCAAAAGUAGUCGCGGUGGCGGUAUGGAGCGCAAGCACAACAACAAUUGCGUCGCCAGCAACAACACAGCACAGAUUAGUAACAUAAGUAAAGCCAAUUCAAUAACAAGUCAAUACUCGAGCUCCAGUGAGAGCAUGCAAUGCGACAAUAAUUACUAUUAG